CCAAUUCUUACUACUUUCUUUCCCAAUCCUCUUUCCAUUCAGCUAUUUCCAACCAUUGAAACAACUAUAACCAUGUCUGAGAAUAUCGAUCCCGCUACUGCACAUGCUGAACAUGUCAAGGCUGCAGAAGGACUCGACAAGUUCUUGAAAGAACGUCCCGCGCCUGAGGAACUUGUUGAGAGGAACAUCCUUAAAGAUCCCAAGGUUGCGCCAGCACUCCAACAACAGGCGGAGGAACUCAAGAAGGCUCAACUUGAGAACACCCUUAACCACAAGUUGGAACACCGUCCUCCAGUCUCAGAGUUGGUGAACCACCAUAUCCUUCAGGAGUCCGAUGCCGUACCCAAUGCUCAGCAACAGACAGGAAGUGGCCUCCACGCAACCGUUGACGAGCCUCUCGGUGCUGAGACACGCCUCCAAAAGAAUGUCCUCAUCUAAAGUAAAGAAGUGAUCUUGUAUAUAACAUUCAACUAAGGAGCAAUAAACAAUAAUAAUGAGAAAAAUAUCUGGUUGUCUGUCUGUUUAAAUGGAUGUCUAAC